AUGUUUACUGGUCAACAAGCAAGUAGACAAACUUCCUCUCCGGAAUAUGUACAAUAUUCUGUAAAUGGAAACACAUUUUCAUUACCAAAGAGAUAUACAAUGGAUGGUGUAAAAGGAGCUGGUGGAUUUGGUUGUGUUGUGAGUGCAUUGGAUAAUAAGAAUAAUGAAAGAGUUGCCAUUAAAAAAGUAUCCAGUCUCUAUGAAAGAGAUAGAAAUUAUCAAAAGAGAAUUUUAAGAGAAAUCAAAAUUUUGAAACAUUUCAGACAAUUUAGUGCCCAUAAUGUUGUAUUACUUAAGGAUUUAUUCUUUGAUCCUUAUCAACCUGGAAGUAUUUAUAUUGUCACCAAUUUGAUGGAUUUUGAUUUGGAAAAACUCUUGUCAAGUAAUCAGACAUUUAGUGAACAAUCUAUCCAAUACUUUCUUCAUGAAAUUUUAAAAGCAGUUAAUAUCAUGCAUAGCAGUAAUAUAAUUCACAGAGAUUUAAAGCCAAGCAAUAUUCUGCUGAAUAGAGAUUUGGAUUUACAAAUAUGUGAUUUUGGUUUGAGUAGAGCCAUUGGUCAAGAUUAUCCAGAAGAUUCCAAAUAUGUUGUGACAAGAUGGUACAGAAGUCCAGAAGUUAUUUUGUAUUGGAACAAAUUGCAUGCUGCUAUGGAUAUGUGGUCAAUUGGAUGUAUUUUUGCUGAACUCUUAGUGAAACCACUUCACAAAAAUGGAAGACCUAUUUUGUUUCCUGGCAAAGAUUUUAAGGAUCAAUUGGAAUUGAUUUUACGUUUGGUUGGUACUCCAAAGGAUGAGGAAAUUAGAGGUUGCAGUGAAGGAAUUAAAUUUAUGAAGACUCACUUUAAGCAAACAUAUGAAAAGAAGAAUUUCGGUCAAAUCUUUUCACAUGUUACGAAUCAAUUAGCAAUUGAUUUGCUUGAAAGAAUGCUCACAUGGGAUCCUGAAAAGAGAAUAACAGUUAGAGAUGCUCUUAGACAUCCCUAUCUGAAAGAAAUGUUCGAUCAGGAUGAAUAUAAUACCGAUCCAAACACUUCUGAAAAUACUUACUUUUGUCAAGCUAAUUUUGAUUAUCAAUUCAGUGAGGAUAUUAAAACUGAGGAUAUCAAGAUACUUGUCUCUAAUGAGGUUGAGACUUUCCAACAACAAAUUCAAUAA